AUGUUUCAAAGCUCCUCUGCUGACGAUGUUGUUGUUAAUCCUUACCACAUGAUCGUGUUUGACCGGAUCGAACGACGUAACUUCCUACGCAAUACCAGGCGAUUCAACUCUGACGAUCCUGUUUCAGGCGGGAUACCCAAGAGGGGAGGCUAUUUCGAAACAGUACCACGUGCAGGACGGACCAAGUCGAAGGCUUCCUCGACUGUUUCUUCAGCUACUCGUCCACCACAGCCUGCGCCCCAAGAUGAACCGAUCGCCGAAGUUGUACCUCCAGAUCCCGGUCCAUCUGAAGAAGUAGCUAGGAUUGAACGCGAAAAACAAAUCAUCGCUGAAGAAAAAUUGAGGAUUGAAGAGAUGAAUCGUCAGGCUCAACAAACCCUUGAACACGCCGAAAUGAUCAGACAAAAAGUCACUGAAGCUCAGGAACUCAAUGCCUUGGCAGCUGAAAAGGAAGCAGAGCAGAGGCUUUUACAUCAACAGGCAAUCGAGGAAGAAAAGCAGCAAUUGCUCUUCGAGGCUGAUCGGAGGCUGCAGCAGUUACGCGAAGAGGUGGCCGUAGUUAAGCAAAAGCAUGAGGCAGAGCUGGAACUUUGGAAAGAGCGCCAAGAACGGACUUUGGCACUAGAGAGCGAGGCCGAGGCUAGAGCCAAGGCGCGAGAAGCUGCAGAAGAAGCUAGGGCCAGCCAGCGCGAACGUGAGCUUAUUCAGGAGCGCGCCGAUGCCUUGGAACGGCUGAAGCAAGAAGCGAUCGAAGAAUACAAACGGACGCAUGAGGAGCUUAGACGCGCUCAAGAGGAGCAGUUGCGUAAAGAGUUGGAAGAUGCAAGGCAAAAGAUUCUUGAAGAAAGUGCCGCACGGAAAGCUUCCCUUGAAGCAGAGAGGGAGGCCACCAUCCUGAAAUUGAAGGAAGAAGCACAGCUGGAAUAUCAGAAACAGCUCGAUUCUCAUCAUCAACUUGGAAAGGAAACGGCCGAAGCACUGAAAGAAGCCUCAGCCAAAGCAGCUGAAGAAUUCAAAGCACAAUCGCAAGAAGCGAUCAAGAAUCUACGCAGCAUUGCCAGUGACAGCUACCCGCGCUCUGAAAGAUCAGCCCUGCAAAAAUCCUCAGCCUGCAAAACCUCAUCUCCCCACCCAACCUCAGAUGGCAAAACUCCGUCUUCUCAUAAGGUCCGGGAAGACAAACCUAUAGCUCCCCAAACUCAACCCAGCGCCUCUGAGGAAGAGAUCCUGAAAAAACGGGAAGCGAUGCGUCAGAAAUUGCUCAUGGGCGUAUUCACCCCAACUGUGAGCCGCAUUCACGAGUGGGGCAUUCGAUCAGCUCCUGCGCCCUUUCCCGCCCUGGUGCCCUCACCUUCGACAUGGGGAUCACCUGCGAAUCGACAGCGCGCCAAUUCGGUGGGACAAGCAAACUUGAGCACACCAUUCAUUCCCGGCUCGGCCAUGGGUACCCAUUUAAAUCCCCAACAGAUUGCACCCUUAAGAGGUGGUUAUACCCAAGACGGAUAUUCUCGACCGGGCAACCCCUCACACCCUUCGCGCAGAGACCUCUACUGCAAUCCUUCGACCGCUCAGACUGUCAAUCGAAUGUCCGCCAUCGUUCACGCCUCGCCCGCCCCUCCUCCCGCUGCAUCAACUAACAGUCCUAAUGAUCUCUGGGGAGCCUCUAAUAGUAACAAUCUUAAGCCCAAUAAAAUUGCUUAUCAUGCCCCAAUGAAAGAGCCCGUUAAACGCGAACAACAGUUCAAAUAUACCGGUGGCUCGAAAGAACCAUAUUAUCCUUUUGAUGAUUCCGCACUGCCAGUAACGACAAUGUCUACGAUACGAGGAUUCAGGGUUGCCGCUGUCUAUGGUCACGUGCAGGGGGUGGCAUUGAGAAAUUCGGCAAAAGACCUAAACGAAGUCACGCUCACGCAAGAGCGCGAUCAAGCGACGCUUGCCAUGUGGCGCCAGGCCGAAAGGAAGGGCGCUAACUUCGUGAUCGGUCUUAAGUUCCAAAACACCUUCAUCUCGCUUUCUUUAACCGAGAUAUUAGCUACGGGAACGGCUGUUCACAUGGUCCCUUCAGUUCCGUCAAUAGUGUCACCUGCCGACGCCAACGAAAAUGCGGAACAAAAGCCAUUGCCUUCGAACAAACCAGGCAAAGCACCCAAAGGUACAGGUAUGGCGGGAGAAGCUCAAAAUACUAAGAACAAGAAUAAAGGUAAACGAAAUGAUGAACAAGCAAGUCAGAACACUGAUGACUCGAUCGGGAACGGUGGUUGGGGUGUACCGGCGACCGAGGCUGAAAGCACCGAUCAAGCCGACGAAGAUCUUGGAAACUCCCAAAACGAAUGCGUAGAUAAUUCUCAAAACGGGUGGGUAGAUUUCGGAGCCGAAACAAACGAUCCUCAGAAAAAGAAAAACGAGAAAAAGAAGCAAGCUUCCCAAAAAAAGCCGCAGAAUGAUCCAUCAACGGGAUGGAGCUGGAAUCAGGCACCUGAAGAGCAGGACGACAACAAUAAUGAUACCACCGACGCCGGUGAUUGGUCUAAUAACCCUACCGAUACUACCAAUGCCGGUGGUUGGUCAAAUGACUUUGAUACUACUACCACUGCACCGGGUGGAUGGCCCAGUAAUUCCAAUAGCAAUACCAACGCGGGUGGCUCAACAAAUGAGCCUAAAAAAGGUCAAAAGGGUAAAAAGGAUGGAGGAGAUGAAUCUCAGAAGAAGGGGAAUAAAGAGAGGGGAAAGCAAGCUCGAGGCAAUGCUGAAAAUCAUAGUUCAGCAGCUGCUGCUGCUGCCAAUGAUGAUGAUGGUUCAACGAAGCGGGGUAAGCAGCAGACAAAUCCUCAGAACAAAGGCGACAAACAAAGCAGGAAUGCACCGGAUGCUUAUGCUGGGAGUCCAGUGGCUCCGUUCCCAGGCAGCUAUGGACACAUGCAUCCGGGCGCCAUGAUGAACCGGCCUCAGCAGCAGCUGGAGUGGUCUCACCCGUCGAACCUGCCGCUUGUACAUUCCAGCAAACCUUGGCCUCACCCAGGCCCUCCUGGACCUGACUAUGGCGAUCCGCGAGCCAUGUACUCCUAUCGACCGGGCCCUGGAUAUGAGCAAGAGUUCUGGAACCGACGCGCCCCCGGGCUCGAUUUCCAUCCGAUGUACCACAACUACCCCCCUCCUUUCCCGAUGCCCGCACCUGUCCCGGCACUCCAAUAUCCUUAUGAACACAGUCAACGGCCUCCCAUGCGUGUCGAAUGGGAAGCACCAGCCGGCGAUCGCAACGGCUAUCAACACCCUGGUGGCGACCCUCAUCCUUCAAGAAGUCCGAAUAAACCAAACGGCAAUCAAUGGAACUCGGCUCCCCCCGCCAAACCCGCAAACGACGAAUGGGCUAACUCUAACAACAGCCAUUCUGAGCCCAACUCUACCUCUUGGAGUGGUGAGCCAUCGAAUGACGAAAGCCAAGGCUCUCAGAACAACCCCAACAAGAAUCCGAAUUCGAAGGGUAAGGGUAAGGUUAAAAAUCAAACAUCUAAGAAAGGAGGAGGCCCACCUCCUCAACCGGAAGACGACAAUUCAUGGACUGGCUGGAAUGGCAACGCUGGAUUUGGAAAUGAUGAUUCAAAUCAACAAACAAACGACUCGCAAAGCAGCUGGAACACAAACACCAAUGGCGAGACAGGCGGCUGGAACACGAACAAGGGCGAAAGUAAGAAGGCUGGUGGAAGUCAAGGACCCAACAAUUCAAACAAUCAACGCGACUCUCGUCGACAAAAGGUGGGAUGUUAA